UUCUAUUACGUACUAGUAUAUUGUUAGUAUCACUUCUUGUUUAUAAUAAUCCUAAAGAAAAUGCAAUUCUUACUCGAUUUAAUCAUCUGUGUUUCUGUUUUGACAUGGCUUGCGGAAAUUACGUCUGCAAGUAAUGAAUACACAGGGCAACGAAUUAUCGGUGGAGAUGUGGCAAGAAGUGGUCAAUUUCCAUUUAUGGCAGCGCUCACCGUGGAAACAGAAGACAGUACAUACUUUUGUGGUGGUGCCCUGAUUACGAACCAAUGGAUUUUGACCUCUGGUCAUUGCGUAUAUAAAGCAGUUACUAUAACUGUUCGUUUAGGUUCUAUCAAACUAGAAGGAAGCGACACGAGUGUGAUCACUGUGGCUUCUUCUCACGCCGUUCCACAUCCAGAAUUCAAUCCAGACACUAUUGAAAACGAUAUUGGUCUUCUUAAACUUCGGUUACCAGUACAGCUGACUACCUACAUACAGCCCGUUAAUUUAGCAACAGUCAAUCUUCCAGCUUCGGCUGCUCCUGUAGCAAUUGGUUGGGGGCAAACCAAAGAUGAUGAUCCAGAACUAGCACCUGAACUAAACUUUGUGAAGCUGGUUGUUAUAUCCAACGAUGAGUGUAGGCUUACCUAUGGUAAUCAAAUUACUGACACCAUGGUGUGUGCUGCAGGAAAUUAUAAUGAGGGUUCUUGUAUUGGAGAUGGUGGGGGACCUUUAAUUGUAACCAUGAUUGGUGGUCAAUUUAUUCAACACGUAGGUGUUUCUAGCUUUUAUAGUGGAAAUGGUUGCGAAAGCACAGAUCCUUCAGGAUAUACAAGGACCUAUCCUUAUGUGGAUUGGAUUAAAAACGUUACAAGUGGAGGAUAAAUGUGUAUAUUACAUAUUUUGUUUGAUAUUAAACCAUUUGUAAUAGAAUCUUCUACACUGUUACUAUAA